GUUCCUCAUCAACCCUCCCCAUCUCUUUUCAUCCAUCCAGGAUUCCACAAUGACGUCUAUUGCGGAGGGACUGUUUAAGUCUCUCCCCAAACCGAAAUAUUCCGGUGACGAGGAGGAGGAGUUGCCGCAACACGCCCAGGCCCGUGGCCCGCGGAUUGUAGGUCCCGGCCAGCUUGACGAGACCCAGGUCGUUCUCCGGAGAACCGGCCCACCACCAUACGGAAACCGAGCAGGAUGGCGACCUCGUGCCCCCGAGGAUUUCGGCGACGGCGGCGCAUUCCCGGAGAUCCUGGUUGCACAGUAUCCGCUGGACAUGGGACGGAAAGGCACGGCGUCAAAGUCGAACGCGCUCGCGGUGCAGGUGGAUGCAGAGGGGAAAGUGAAAUACGAUGCUAUCGCGCGACGCGGCCACGGCGACGACCGAAUCGUGCAUGCGUCGUUUAAGGAUUUGAUUCCGCUCCGGCAGCGGGUGGAUAUGGGAGAGAUAUCGCUGGACCGGCCGUCGGAAGAAGAAGUUCAAGAGCAGAUGGAGAAGACGAAGAAUGCGCUGGCGAGCUUGGUUUCGGGGGCUGUGGCGGCGCAGAAGCCCAAGAACGUAAAGGGGGGCAGUCGCGCAGAGCCUACGUUUGUGCGGUACACGCCUGCGAACCAGAUGGGGGAUACGAGUCGGAAAAAUGAUCGGAUUAUGAAGAUUGUGGAGCGCCAGCAGGAUCCGAUGGAGCCGCCGAAGUUCAAGCAUAAGAAGAUUCCGAGGGGUCCGCCGUCGCCGCCGCCGCCGGUUAUGCACUCGCCGCCGCGCAAGCUGACGGCGGAAGACCAGGAGGCGUGGAAGAUCCCGCCCCCUGUGUCCAAUUGGAAGAAUCCUAAGGGUUACACGGUACCGCUGGAUAAGCGGUUGGCGGCUGAUGGGAGAGGUCUACAGGAUGUCACGAUUAAUGAUAAGUUUGCUCAGUUUGCGGAAGCCUUGUUUACGGCGGAUCGACACGCCCGUGAAGAAGUGAGACUACGUGCGCAGAUGCAGCAGAGAUUGGCGGAGAAGGAGAAGACGCAAAAGGAGGAGCAUCUCCGUGCUCUGGCCCAGAAGGCGCGCGAGGAACGCACCACCAGCCGUCGCGAUUCCCGGGCGACGUCGCGAUCCCGCAGCCGCAGUGUGUCCGAGUCCUCCUACCGGUCUGGUACCCCUAGUGGGGACGAGAGUGCCGCCCGAGACCGUGAGCGCAUGCGUCGGGAACGACGACAGGAGGACCAGCGCCAGCUCCGUCAGUCACGUAUGGGUGCCGAACGACGGAUUCAGGCAAUGGCCCGCGAACAGAACCGCGACAUCUCGGAGAAGGUGGCGCUGGGUCUGGCCAAGCCGACGCAGUCUUCCGAGACAAUGUGGGAUUCUCGUCUCUUUAAUCAGACCAGCGGGAUGAGCACCGGAUUCAACGAAGACAACCCCUACGACAAGCCGCUGUUUGCCGCGCAGGACGCCAUCAACAGCAUCUACCGUCCGCGGGCGCAACUCGACGCCGACGACGAAGGCGAUGCCGAGGGAGAAAUGGGCAAGAUUCAAAAGUCGAACCGGUUUGAAGUGCUAGGGAGAGCCAAGGAAGGGUUCCGGGGUGCAGCGGACGCAGAGGAGAGGAGCGGCCCUGUCCAAUUUGAAAAGGAUACCGCCGAUCCCUUUGGAAUCGACAGCAUGAUUGCCGACGUGACCGGGGGAGGAGGAGGAGGGGGAACGGGGCAGAAGCGAUACGGAAUCCAAGAAGUCGACCGUGAAAAUGAAAGUCGGGGGUCGAAGCGAGCGAGAGUGGACGAGGAGGAUUGAUUCAAAAUUUUCUUUCUUUCUUUCCUUUACGUGGGGCGGGAGAUAAAAUAAUAAUACCCCGAUAAUAUAUGGAUGGAAUUGUUUUCUACCAGGCACUUAGGGUAUUGGAAUUUACCUCACUCAGCAGGAGAGGUUCUGUCUAUAUUGUGCCAGGACAUCUUCAGUACAGAGUCCAUGGAUAUCAAUCAUAUCACACAGGUUCUAUAUCAUUCUAGGUUCGAGGUUACAUGAAUGCAUGCAUUGCUGGCGUUGUGACUGGGUAUUUUUCUUAUCCUGCUUGUAAUAACUAUUUAUGUACCUAGUAGUAGAAGAAGUAUAUAGAGCUAUAGAACCUAAUCUGUAGAAGGAAC